AUGGCAGGAAGUGGUCGUGGACGUGCACCGGGUGAGUAUAUCAGUUUACCUCCGAAUGCUGCUGCACAUGUCGAUGCCUAUUUUGAAUAUCGAGCAAUCGUGGGUGAUGAUGAUGGAGGCAAAUUGUUUACACCCGAAGAAUAUGAAGAGUAUAAAAAACGAGUUUUACCGAUGCGUUUACACAAUCGAUUGUUCGUUGCAUGGGUCAAUCCACAAGGAAUGGAUUGUAUUCUUAUAGGUCCUCAACAUAAGUGUCUUUGUCGACACAAAUUUACAGAACACAAAACUGAUUUUCCCGAAAUUCCAAGAGAACGACCUAUUCUAAUUUCAUGUCGUCAACCAGGUUGUCGUUGUGUAUCAUUCGAAUACGUUGCAAAUGCAUCUGGCACAAGUGAUCCCAACUGUCGUUGUAAACAUUCACUUGAUACACACGGCACACGACCACCUUACAAAUGUCAAAAAAAUUGUAAUUGUACGGGAUUCAGUGCGCCAUUUACAUGUACAUGUGGUGAAUCAGCUAAUAGACAUAUAACAUUAGUGGAAACGAAAGAAGAAAGAGAAAGACGCGGUCAUCCAACUGGUUAUGCUACACCCUAUAAAGCUAUGGGCGGGUUGACAGGCUUCAGUUCAUUAGCCGAAGGCUAUCUAAGACUUGAUCCAAGCGGUCGAGGUCGACCGGAUGAUGAUUUUCUCAACCAACCCAUCACAGCCAUGGAUCAUCCAAUUCUCCGUGCUCAUGCAUCUCUCGAUCCUAAUAGUAUGAAACGCGCUUUUCCCCCACAUAAAAUCGUUCAUAAUCUGAUUGAUUUUCUUUUGCUAUUAAAAGGCGCGGAAGCACAAUCCCAGUUGCGUCGUCCUGGUGAAUCGGAACUUGACUAUUAUGAACGCCGUUAUCAAGAACGACAACGUCUUUCCCGCGGUAUUCGCCCUGCACGUAAUCCGUACGACACGAAUGCUCAGCUAACAACGGGCACUCGACAUGAUCGAUCCCCACCUCGUCGUAUAACUGGUGCUAAAAAAUAA